CUGCUGCCUCCGCUGCGCUCCCCGCCCUGCCGGGCAAUGAGAAGCUGCUUCUGCCUGAAACGGGGGAGCCGGGACCAGCCGCCGCCAGCGCCCCGGGCAACAGAUCAGUCCACGAUGCCUGAGGUUCGAGACCUCGCCGACGCUUUGCCAGACGCACCCAUGGACCCCAUCACUGGAGUCGGGGUCGUCGCCUCCCGGAACCGGGCGCCGACAAAUUACGAUGUCGUUGCACAGACAGCAGAUGGUCUAGAUGCUGACCUCUGGAAAGACGGCCUGUUCAAGUCCAAGGUUACGCGGUAUUUGUGCUUCACACGGACCUUCUCCAAAGAGAACAGCCAUCUGGGCAACGUCUUGGUUGACAUGAAGCUCAUAGAUAUCAGGGAUACCUUGCCCGUCGGCUUCAUUCCCAUCCAAGAGACCAUGGAUACACAAGAGACAGCUUUCCGGAAGAAGAGGCUUUGCAUUAAAUUCAUCCCCCGGGAUUCGACGGAGGCCGCCAUUUGCGAUAUCCGAAUCUUGGGCCGGGGCAAGCAGUCCCCUCCACAGUAUACCUUCAUCGGGGAACUGAAUAGCAUGGGCAUCUGGUACCGCAUGGGCAAAGUCCCCCGAAAUCACGAAUCAUCUCAGCCCACGACGCCUUCUCCCCAGGCUCCGGCCACGACGCCAGCCGCCAACCUUCCCAGGCAUAUAUCUCUGACACUUCCUGCCAGUUUUCGAGGGAAAGGGAACGGCACACGACCAGACUUCGAGUACCAGCACUCCAAUUUAUAUGCCAUAUCAGCGAUGGAAGGCGUGCCGUUUAUGAUCUCGGAGAAGUUCGCCUGCGCUUCCGAAGGGAUGCAGCCCGUCGACCUCAUGGGCAUCACUAUUAAAUCCUUGGCGGAAAUUGAAAAGGAGUAUGAUUACAGCUUCAGGACAGAACAGAGCGCUGCAGCCAGACUGCCUCCCAGUCCAUCCAGGGGUCAGCAGCUACCACAGUCCUGAACGCUGCCAGAUUCUGGUGGAUGAAGAACACGUACUACUGAGAGGGGAUUUGAUCCCCUCCCCAACACGUAACUUUCUCCCAAUUCCCCUUCCCCCGACAAGCAGUGUUACUGGAACCCUUACCAGCAAAGGGGAUAAUUCAUUCUCUCUUUCUCUCUCUCUCGCUCUCUCUCAUCACCUCUCUUUGUAUGAUAUAACUGGAUAGGAUCUCUUUCCCCUUUUUAUGUACCUGUUGUAGUUUCGGAGGCUUUGGACUGUGUCAUUCCCUUUCAUCAUACAUCCUCUGGAAUCAUUCUACACUGUAACUGAUUGAACACAAACCUUGAUGGAUGGGUUUUUCCAUCCAUCCCCCUUUUUAUUUUAUUUUAAUGUCCUAAUAGCCGGCUUUGUCGAGGAGUCUCUAAAAUCCAGCGAAGACACCUUCAUCGGAAUAUCUCGCACAGUCUAAGAAGCGCUGGGCGCCUGCUCCGUGGCUUUUAACGGUGCCUCCGAACUUCUGGGCACCAGCUUGUUUUGGAAGCAAGGUUAAAACCACAAGCCCUGAGCAGUAUUCUAACCCAUGUGGGUCUACAAAAUAACAGCAUAUCAUCUGCACUGAACUUGUAUGGUUUGGGGUGGGCUGGGGUGGGGUGGGUUCUCCAGAUUGUACAGAGACGCUGAAACCGUACGUCGCGCAUUCAGUUGACAAGUGUUCUUCCGUGACCUGUGGUGGUUUCGCGCCGCACCGGCUUAUAAAGUGGGAGAAAAGAAAACACAUCUCUUUGCUUUCUCCUCGUCAAAAUCACACAACCGAUCUUCUGUGGUUGGGAAUCAGCUCAAGACCUUUGGAGGACGGACUUGCGUUUGGUUCAUGCAGAUGCCUGGAACUGCACUAGCCCCGAUCCAUUCAACGCGACGGCACGAGCUAAGCGGUUUUCUCCAAAGAUCGCUCCAUUCCUUACAGAGUUUCCAAGCCUUUUUUUCUGUGUGUGUGUAUUUGUUUUUGUAAGCACCUCACUUUUUUUCAACGGAGAGGAAUCGCUCCAGACGUUUGCAUAGAAGCCCAGGAGACGUUCUUUGUUGCUCUCUCGGAAUUUGAACCGUACAGCGACCUUAGGAAAAUGUCCCCGAGUACCUUUCUUUGCCUAGAAAUACUUGAACAUGGCAACUAACAAAAAGAGCCAAUCGAAUGUGCCACUUCCUCGGCCUGGGUUUUAAGCCUUUCUGUCUCCCCGCCCAGUUGGGCUGCUUACGAUGAGAUCAACCACCGUGUGUGCCUCAGAAGCCUUCGCGGAAGGAACUAAAGACUUCAGUUCUCAACGAGGCUGGUCCAGUUUUGCCGGUCCCAGAAGAACGUCAAGCUUCAGUCUCCAGCAUGUUCACAACGGGCGUCUCAGCCCUUCCGUUCUGAGCCCCCAAAUGCAUGUCUCGGCGGAGUCUGUUAUUGAAAUUUUAAGUUAUUUUGGAACGCCUGUGUGAUCUCCUGUGCUGCUUUAUUCGUAGGCCUCUGCCGGAGAACAAAUGCUAUGUUACGGCAGCAAAGAGGGACAGGAUUAUGAUGAUUAUAGUUUUUUAAUUUUUUUUUUGUAUUUCUUCUCUUGCAAAAACAAAGUGGAAAGGUUCGCCUGUGUACCAUGUAAAUACUGACUGUCCCUCACUGUAUUAAAAUGCAAUAGCCGUGGUUAUGAUUAUGAAAAGGUAGCUGAUCUUGUGGGUUGUUUGAGCUACCAUGUCUUUUUUACGCUUCCCCUUUUAGCGGUUAACUCUGUAGCAAGGGGUCCUCUCUCCCCAACCCUAAAAUUUAGAAUUGCGUUCUGCAGGAAAGGAAAACAAGAUUUCUGGAGGGUUUAAGCUUCACGCUGUGUAGCCAAAUCCAACCAACUAGUUCACUCCAGCUACUGCAGCUCGUAAGAGGGUUGGGUGUUCCAGGAUGACUCAUCCAAUCCCCUAUGAGGCUCAAUGUAUCUAUUCAGUUUUCAUUCCUGGCGCUGGCUUGUAAACUUUGCCUCAAGAGCAUCCAGAUGUACCUGCCUUUUCCUUGGGUUCUGAUGGGGAGGGAAAAGGCAGCUAUAACAGUUCAGCAGUAGAGCCAAUGGUUUCAUUGCAGGUUCUUUCAUUGGGAUCUCCCAUUAAAAGGAUCCCUUAGUAGCAAGAGAUGUGAAGUUCCUCUAGGCCUGAGGCCCUACAAAGCUUCUGUCAAUUCAGGGCUAGAUAGAUCUUCUGUAAGAGAAAACUGUAAACAUACCCAGAGCAUUUCUCUUCCCCCUGAAUUCUGUUUUCUUUCCUGACCUGGUGCGUCGGCCCUUGCUGCUGUCCCUUAUUUUAUUUUAUCCGUUAGGUCGUGUUCAAAUUGGCAAUUGUGUGGUCACCGGCAACUAGUAGGGAGGAAAUGCCAGUGGAAUGUGUACAGUAUUCAGAGUUUCGUAGAUCGGGCUUUUGUCUGCCACGGAUGUAUUCCGAGAUUCUGGCUUAAGUAUUCAUGUGUCUUUUUUUAUUUCUGUGAGCAGUUGAAGAAGGAACCGUGAGGUCCAAAAUAUGCUCCAUUGAGUUCUCAUGGUGGAAUUUCAAGGCUGCGCUCCCACGGCGGCUUUCCGGAUUCCUGAUGCGCACAAUUUGUACUCCUCUACCACCACGCACAAACACACGCCCUGAGCAGGACGUUCCUUGCUCCUACUUCACCAUCAACACGGGUUUCUAUCACAAGGGGAAACUAAGCAGUAGAAACUCCAUGCCCAUGUGUACUGCAGAUUUUGAUACAUUGGCACAGUUUGUCCGAUGCCUUCGUUAAAGCUGCGCAGGUCUGCCUUUCGGCCUGGGGAAUGCCCCUUCCCCUUUUCAAGAUGUGUUCAUUGAUUUGAUCUACAUUUUACCUGUCAGUUUUGACAGCCUUUCUUCUUCCUUUCUUUGCUAAUGAAUAAACAGUAAUCAUUAGAGAAGUUGAAGAUGGUCCAUUUGGGCUUGGCAUUAUUACUAUUUUUAAAAAAAUAGCCUUCCCCAACCUGGUGCCCUUCAAAUGAAUUGGACUACCACUCCCAACAUCCCUGAUCAUUGGCCAUACUGGCUGAAGUCCAAAACAUCUGGGGGUCACCAUAUUGGGGGAAGCUGGUUUAAAAUUUGGGACAAUGGUGCUGAUGGGGUUGAUUGUGAGGCAGGGGCUUGGAGGGACCACGGUUUCUCCUCUUUGCCUCUAUUCGUUUACAAGGUCUCCUGCAAUUGAAGGGCUGUCCAAGCCAGGGUGACCAUAUGAAAAGGAGGACAGGGCUCCUGCAUCUUUAACAGAUGUAUAGAAAAGGGAAUUUCAGCAGGUGUCAUUUGUCUGCAUGCAGCACCUGGUGAAACUCCCUCUUCAUCACAGCAGUGAAAGCUGCAGGUGCCCUUCCUUCUUUUGUAUCUGAUCACUCUGGUAUAGCUCCUGCAGCUUGAACUGUUGUGAUGAAGAGGGACUUUCACCAGGUGCUGCAUGCAUACAAAUGACACCUGCUGAAAUUCCCUUUUCUAUGCAUCUGUCAAAGAUACAGGAACCCUGUCCUCCUUUUCAUAUGGUCAACCUAUUCCAACCCAAUUACAAGCCCUAAGAAGGGAGAGCAACCAGGGGCCAUGAAGUUGGCCAGCCGGUUAGCAGCACCUGGACGGUAGACUGAGCUGUAGCCAGACAGGUCACCUGGUCAUGGUUUCCUCCAUGGCAUGAGAUGUAUUGAAUUUCUAUUUAAAUUAAAGUCAGUGUCCAAAUUGGUAUCCCCCUCUAUUCCUUUCUGUGCAUGAUGUGUUUCCACUUUGGAGGCAAAUCAUAACUGACACCCCUAAAUGUACCACUUAAAAAAAAGUGCUGAGCCAACCCUGCACAUUGAAAGUUAGCAUAUCAGGGAGGGCUAUUUUUAUCCCCUUCUCCCUGACGUGCUAGUUUGUAGGGAGAGGGGUUGUACAAGGAAGCAUCUCAUUCACACGUGCCUCUUCAACUCAGUCAGAAGUGGCACAGAUAAGGAAGAGAGGUUUUACCACCUCAAGUUAGCACCAGGCCCGUACAGAUAAACUUUCUGUGGGUUCAGUGUGAGGAUGAGCUGACCCCUUUUCUCUCACGCCUGAGGAAAGUCUCUGAAAAUGGGGCUCUUCCAGAGAUAUGUUUUCCUGUAGGGCAGGCUGGUCCUGCAAUGAGCAUGUACAGAAAAUCCCCACUGCCCAUAAUGGUAAUUUUGAGGCCUACACAGGUGGUGUUCUAUUCCUUCCCUACUGGUGGUUGCUAGGAAACGCACACAUUGGCCCCAUUCAGAAGACACCUUAAACCAUGGCGGUUAAGCCGGGAAGCCACGCCGUGUUCAGAAGACACCUUAAACCAUGGCUUUAGCCAUGGCGAAUAAAGCAAAAAGCCUUCUUCACUGUGGUUAAAGCCAUGGUUUAAGGUUCUUCUGAACACGGCGUGGCUUGCUGGCUUAACCGCCAUGGUUUAAGGUGUCUUCUGAACGGGCCCAAUGGCUCUUGUCUCCCCCUAGUGGACAUUGCCGCUACAACUUUUGCAAAGUGUUUUGAAAGUCUGGCCUCUUGGGUCCUUUCCAGAUGUGACAAAUAUCUAUACAAAGAUGGCACUUUUGUAUAGGGAAAGGCACAUCAGCACUGUAUACCGUGUUGCAUGUAACAAUUGCACGCAUGUCUGUUGUGCUAUGUAUCCAUGCACUGGUCUGUGCCAAUCCUAGUUUCCCAGUACGUGUGUGUGCACUUCCUGCUGACCUUUCAAAGUGCUUCCUGUCUGUGGUUCCAGCAACCACCAUUAGGGGGAGACAACGGGUUCAUUCAUGCAGUACAGUUCGACCACUGUACCUGAGCUGCGGUCACCUGGAUAUUCAGAUUGCACGGGCAAUCGGCAGUGUCUAUUGUCCUAUAGGUUGAUACACUUACUCCUGUAAUCGUGGUAUCUGAAAAAAGGGUGUCCACGGUUGUGCAAAUGCUCUGCACACAGCCCAACUCACACCAGCAAUGACAUGCAAGUGCAUCAGACGACAUGAACUGGCUCUAAGCAGAUCAAAUCCGUGGAGGAAAUGUCAUUUUCCCAACGGAGCUUAUACCCACCCAAUUUCAAAUUUCGAUUUGAGAGAGGCAAGAAAUUAAGGAUUAAGCUUAAACGGCAGUAUAUUUUUCCUUUAAAAUUGUGGGUGUGUUUUGCCAGAAGUGGAGGAAAUAGACUUUCAAGGGAUGCAACGUGAAAUGCGUUGGUAAAAGCAGCCGUUUUGAGCCAUCAGAUCAUACAGGCAAAAAUAAAUGCUUUUGUUAUGCAGUUGGGGAAUCUUUGGUUGUGUUGUGUUAGUGUGUGUGUGCGUGUGUGUGUGUAUUUUUUUUUAAGAUGCUAUGCAUUUUUAUGAUGGGACGUGGAAAGUGGAUUAACUUGUUCAUUAAUCCUAUUAAUAUCCUUUCAUAUUUAUUUUAGAUUGCCUUCCUUGUAUUUUACAAAGGGAAGUUCGUGUCUGAGAAUUUAGUCUGUAUUCUUAAUAUAAUUUGUUAAAUAAAAGUUUUAACCUGCCCUUUUGUCCAUUUCAUCAAAAAAAUCCUCU